GUAAAUUUGAUUUAUUGAGUCCCCCAGAUAAGUGCCAACGCGGAAAAGGUGGCUCAACAAGCGGAAACCGAGCUAUCAUGGCGAUGACAGGCGAAAGACGGCCUCAACCCGACAAGGGAGGGGAACAAAUACAUCAUGUAUAUGAACCACGCACUUAAUGAUCCAUACUGGGCAGAAUUCUCCGUCACCAACGAGGAAACAAGAAAGUUCCACAAAACAUCUCGCAAUUUCUUCUGACAUCUACCGAACUGUUCAAGAUGGAUUCAAAAUCUCACAGCAAGAGACCGCAAAAACGAAAAGACUCAACCAGCAGAAGCAAAGAGAAGUAUGUCCUGAGAUCCCUAGCAACUUUCCCACCACAACAUGACCCAAAGACCAACCAAGAAACACUCUAACGCGUGGUAGUGCUUCUCAGCAUCAAUCAAGCCACCAAGCCAUGAGCUUCCCAGCCCAAGAGAACUACUCUGUCAACCAAACCUUCCAUCAAUCCACGACUCCAGUAUGGAUUAACACUCAUAGAUAAGGCUACAUCACUGGAGUAGCACCCUAUGACACCUUCGCGUACCUACCCUAUACUCCCUCAAGAGCCAAGAGCAGGAGAAGAAAUAAGCUGACUUCAGGAAUAGAUCUCAAGAGAACUACUACGUCAACGCAUCCGUCAAAACCACAAGCAUGCAGGCGUGUGGCUUUAAUUCAGAAGCAGGGGACAUAACGAACAGAGAGUGAUUAUUCCUUCUCUCAUUUCCACCUGAGUCCUUUCCCCACAAGUUUCCUUCAAUUCUUCCCAAGAUCAGCCUCGUCCCUUCAACUAGAUCUUAAAGUAAGAAAACUGAAAAGUUCCCCAGCCACCAAGGACAUCACCCAGCUUUCACAUCCACUCAAACAAACGCCUUUACUCAAUACCACCCCCGUAAUAAUAAUCACGCCGCAAACCCAACGGGACAAGAACCAACCUGGCUUCAAACCGAAGCCACAGAAGAAAAACGCACAAGAACGGACCUCGACCUCCGAGGUCUGUCAAUCCAAGACAUGGCGGAUGCUUAUCCAAUUUCGCAACCAGUGAUGGAGGGCGAGAUGGAGGAAGAGCCGGAUUUGUUUUGAGCUGAGAUCUCAGGCUUCUGGAUUUUGACAAGGAUUCCGAUUUUGGGAAUUUGACCUAGGCAUCCUUGGUGAGGGAUCGAUUAGCAGUCAGAAGUCGGGGAAUUCAUUUCGUAGUUUCGGAAUACUCGUACUCCACUUGCACUUGUCCAAUU